CUCUUCUUUCCCCCCGGUUGUUAAAACUCUUCCUCCCUCCGUCCAUCCGCCCGCUUUCACAAUGCCGCUCGAUGAUCGCCGCUAUGACGCAAUUCAUCCCUUGCGUUUUCUGAUCUCUUAGAAAGAUUAUUCCAAAAUUCAUUUGCUUGCUGAUCGGAGCUCCGAAAUCGCCGCCGUUAAACAGGUAGGAAGGGGGGGCCUUGCGAUGUCGUGGUUCAGGUCGGCAGUGAAUCGAGCUGUCGUUGCCGGAGGUCACUCCAGUUUGUCGCGCACCGUACGCACCGUCGCCGACACCGUCGUCGUUCAGGCCGGCAAUGCCGUCACCGGUGGCGCUAAGAUCAUUACGGACCGAAUUGAGAAAUUCCUCCUUUUCUCGCUUCAAAAGCAGGGUUCUCGGAAUCUGCAGAACUUCCGGCAGACAGCGAAAAGGCUGGAGGAAGUCGCAGUUUCGUACAGAGGGAUCGAAAGGGUUCAGCUGAUGCGGCGGUGGUUGGUGGCGCUUAAGGAAAUCGAGAGGCUAUCUGCUUCGUUUACCGCGGAUGAUAACAAAUCAGCAGACGAAAAUCUUUUCCCCGACGAUUCCAAGGAAUCCCCCAAAAAGCCCACAAUGAUAUAUUACUUUGAUCCUGAUUUUGGGACGAUGAAUUUUCGCGAUGUGUUUCUCUACAGUCAGGCCCUCGAAGGCAUUGCUUUGUCCAUGAUUCUUGAAGCACCAAGCGUGGAGGAAGUCUCUAUGCUCCUAGAGAUGUUUGGGCUUUGUCUUGCAGGAGGGAAGGAUGUUCACCAAACGCUCAUCGACAGCAUACAGACUUUGGCAAAAGCAUUCUCCACCUACCGCGAUGAAGUGCUGGUGAAGCGAGAAGAACUGCUCCAAUUGGCUAAAGGUGCGAUCUCAGGGUUGAAGAUGAACGCCGACCUUGCAAGAAUAGAUGCUGAAGUCGGCAGAUUACUGGAGAAACUUGAAAAGCAGGAAGAGCUCAAUAAUCCUUCUUCCCGUGACUCUACUGAAAAGUCGAUAAAAGAAACAACACAGGAUCUAAAAGAUACGCUCAAAAGAAUCCAGCUCUGUUCUACCUUAGAGGCUCUCCUAAUAAAGAAGAGAUCUUUGACCAACGGGGACUCCGCGCAGGCCCAUGCAGAGAAGGUGGACAAAUUGAAAAUCCUGGCAGAAUCUCUUAUUAGUUCCACCAAAAAGGCUGAAAGCCGCAUCGUAGAUCAUAGGUGUCAGAAAGAAGAGGCACUCAACUUUCGAGUAGCUAAAACCAACGAGGUUAGCCAGAUUGAGAAGGAACUAGCAGUAGAAAUCAAAGCACUGGAGAAGCAAAAGCAUGAACUUGAAUCACAGUUAAAAAGGGUCAAUACCGACUUGACUUCAGCUCGGCAGAGGAUUCAUAAUGCCAAGGAAGAACGAGAAAACUUCGAUGAAGCAAGUAAUCAGAUUCUAAUGCACUUGAAAAGCCGGGAAGAGGAGCUCUCAAAAUCAAUAAACUCUUGUAGAGUAGAAGCUGAAGUGGUAAACUCUUGGAUUCAUUUCCUCCAAGACACAUGGGUUCUCCAAAGUGCACACACGGAGCAAAAGGAGAAGCAAGUUAAUGGCGAUUUGGAGAGAUACGGAGAUUAUCUGGAGAAUCUAGUCAUGCAUCUUCUCACCGCUUACAAGGAACAAUUGGGACCAGCUGUGACCCGUUUUAGAGGACUUGUGGAGGAGCUGCAUUUGUGUCACGGGCCAGAAGCUGCAACUCCUCCAGACAUUGAUAACCCAAAACGAGUGAACAAAAGGAAGGGCCUGGAAGACGAAUAUCUGGAAUCUGAAGCCAAGAUUAUAACCAUUUUGAGUAUCGUGGAUACUGUGAAAAAGCAAUUCAACUCCAAACAUGAAGGCAUUUAUAGGAAAGACACGGAUGGGACUGACGAGUUAUUCAAUUCGAUUGGGAAAAUCAAGGAGGAAUUCGAGUCGAUUGUAAGACCGACCCUGGAGCGCAGGAUGUCUUCACCAGGUGCAAGAUCACUGUCUCCGUACGACCGCAGGUCUCAUGACGCCACCGCACCUCAGACGCCCCGGCAGUCAGUAAGCGGGGAUACACCGGAAAAGAAAGAAAAGAAGAGGAGGAACAGCAACGGCUUGCCGUUCGUCAACGUGAAUGGGCGUAGAGCCCGCGACCCACGCUUGCAAAUAGAGCUGGAUCAUGAAUCGGACGGCAGGGGGAACUCGCCGGAAGACCUCGGUUUGUGGGAAUGCGACGCCGGAAGGGAGAUAAGACUCACCGGCUGAUCCACCACCACCACCACCAGGUUUUUUAACAGGUCAGUAUUUUUGGCAGUCAAGAAGCUAUCUUGAUGGAUGAUACACAAGAGUAAUUAACCCACAAUAGACUUUUCUGAGUACAAUUUUUCCGGCCGCCGUCGAUGGAGUCUCGCUAACCCACAACAGAAACACAGUAAAAUCCAGUUACCAGCUUAAGCUUAUCGUGGGGCAUUCUUCAUGUCCCAUUUAUACUUGUAAACCGUUAUAUUAAAACGUGUACAUUAUUCGGAAGGAAAAGGUGUAGAAUGUAACGUAGAUCAGUAGUUUUUCGGUUUUGUUUUUGUUUUCUGUCUCUUUCAGUUGUCAGGAUUCCUUGCGUGUAUCACUUAAAUAUGGUAUUUGUUGUCAAGCUGUUGAAAAAACAAUGUUCAAAAACUCUCAUACACGGUGUGAAUCUUAUUGGAUUUAUGAUAUUGGAGAA